UGUGUCAGUUUUGUGUUGUGCGUAGUUGUGGUUCAGUUUCUGAUGGCUUGAUUAAUUUGAUUAAUAUUUUAUUUUUCUAUUCCGAUUACAUAUUUUGGUUCGAGCUUGACCAGAAAUGGCUUUGCUACCACCUGACCCGGUUUAUACAAUCAGAAAUGUCGAUAAUUCGCCAGUAUAUUGUCUGGCAUUUAGCUUUUUACCGGGGGGACUGGAGAGGUUACUAGCCGGGUCGAAAAAUGGAUAUGUUUAUGCAUACAACCUUCAGACGAACCGGGUCCAGCAAAAAAUCAAAGUUGGUCAAGCUCCCAUUCUUCAUCUCAUUCACACAAACAGCCAACUUAUCACCCAAGAAAAAGGUGGAAUAUUCAAAAUUUUUACACUUACUAAUAGCGGCUACAAAGAACAACAUACCAUAGACAAUGACUAUCCUGGAUUUUGUCGUUUUGAUGCCAACACAAAACUCGAAACACUCUUUGUACCUGAUAGGGAAUCCAAAAUACACAUUUACAAUUUUUCUGGUGAAAAGAUAAAUAGUUUGGUGCCAGAAAAUGAUUCUCCUAAACUUGGCGAUCCAAUGUGUUUAAAGUAUAUUGAAUUUCCGAAUGACCGGAAUCUCCUUCUGGUGGGCUAUGAAGCAGGAUGGCUCCUGCUGUGGGAUCUCAACACUAGUCAAUGCAUCAGCAAAUUGCAAACUAAAGAAUGUCCGAUGUCAGUGGAUUUCCAUCUUGAACAACAAAGAGGCAUGAUCGGCAAUGCAUCAGAUGUGAUACAAAUAUUUAGUAUAGGAAGAAAAGACUUGAGCUUGGCCCAUAAAUUGGAUGUAAAUAUCAAAAAUCCUGGAAUAAAUAAAGUUUGCACAAGGAAUGAUGGUAGAGUUUUUGCAUCGGGUGGCUGGGAUGGACACAUCCGUAUAUUUUCCUGGUUCUCUUUGAGGCAAUUGGUAGUACUUACAGAACACAGACAAGCAGUCCAAGAUGUUGUGUACUCCACUCAAAAAGUAUCAUUUUGGAAUGCAAACAUCAUGGCAGCUGGGGGCCUAGAUGGGGCAAUAACUCUCUGGGACUUAUACAACAAUAAAAAGUAAUUUUUCACUAUAUUUAAACAGUUCUCGAAGAAAUCAUGACACUGACAUCUAUAUUUCUUAGCUUCAAAGUUAUAUAUGAAGAUAAAUUAUAUUAUUCAAUCAACGUAAACUUUUAUAAAAAAUUGCCGAAGUUUUCUGAUGCUCGAUAAAUAUCAAAUAAUUUGAAAACAAAUACUUCUUUUGCAUUUAUUUUAAUUCUAUUGUUAAAAACAUUGCUACAAAUUAUUUGAUAUUUUCCAUCAGCAAAUAUAUUGUUUGCAAGAUAUAAACUUGUUUUGCCAUCUACAUAAUAUUUACAGUAUUGUUUUAAAUUGAAUUAUUAUUGCCUAUAUUGCCUUUAAUUCAAUUGUUAUAAUAAUUAAAUAUGGAAUGCUUUAAUUCAUUUGUUGUAACAAUUAUAGUGCAUAUAACAAAGCCAAUUGGAUCUCUUUUGUACAAAUAAAAUGAGAAAUAAUCUUAAAAUGUGGCCAAGCUGUUAGAUGCUAAGAGAAUUUGUUAAAUGAUAUAGAAAUGACUAUUACGUUAAUGAUUUAUAGCAAUGUUUUCAGAGACAUUAAAGCCUAUGAAAUGAA